AUGAAGAUAAUCGAAGAAGAAGCACCAGAAAUAUUUGACUCAAAAAAUCAGCCAGGAUACUUCUUUUGUUCCGACGCGGAAAAUACUGGCUAUGAAACCCCAACUCGACUUUUCAAAUACCGUCAAUUGAGUAAUGAAUCGGUCACUGGAAGAAAUCUGCUUCUGACACAAAUGCUGAGGAAUAAACCAACAAUGAAACCUGAAGUGCUCAAUGAGGAACCAUUCAUUUUACCAAAAAGGGAAUUCUAA